AUGGCAGAAUAUUACCUUUUUUUAGAAAUAGCUACCUGAAAAUCUAGUUUAUUUUUAGAUAGAUCUUCAUUUCUUCUAGAACAAUUAAGAUUUUUCCACGAUCACGCAUUAUUAAUUUUAACAAUAAUUACCUGUACUGUAGCUUAUAUCAUAUUAAGAUUACUAUUUAAUAAAUUCAAUCAUCGAUUUUUAUUAGAAGGACAUACUAUUGAAACUAUUUGAACAAUUCUUCCAGCUUUUACUUUAAUUUUUAUUGCUUUACCUUCUCUUAAAUUAAUUUACCUUAUUGAUGAAAUUCGUAAUCCAUUGAUUACCUUAAAAACUAUUGGGCAUCAAUGAUAUUGAACCUAUGAAUAUUCAGAUUUUAAAAAUUUAGAAUUUGACUCCUAUAUAAUUCCUUCCAGAGAUAUUAAUAAUUUUAAUUUUCGAUUAUUAGAAGUUGAUAAUCGAACUGUUUUGCCAUAUCUUUCUCAUGUUCGAUUAAUUACCUCUUCUGCUGAUGUAAUUCAUUCAUGAACUAUCCCUUCUUCAGGGGUAAAAAUUGAUGCUUCUCCCGGACGACUAAAUCAAAUUAGAUUUACACUAAACCGUACAGGGAUUUUUUAUGGGCAAUGUUCUGAAAUUUGUGGGGCAAAUCACAGAUUCAUGCCUAUUUCUAUUGAAAGAAUUUCCCCUAAAAAUUUUAUCAAAUGAAUUGAAAACUUUU